AUGUGUACAUUCGGUUGGUUGGUUGCUCUCCUUCCUGAUGUGUCUAUGUAGUAAGUGGGUGUAGUGUUGUCUAAUAUUUACUUAUGAUUUACUGUAGAGGAAGUGGAGCAGGACCUUUAGGAUCCGUUUCAGUGAAACAGAAUACCCUCACAGGUGUAAGGGAACACUCGGAUCAUGGCUUUUGAUGCAGGUUUCAGAAACAUCUGGCUGCUUUGCCUCUGGAUGCAGGUUGUUUGGAGUUCAGAUGAAGUGGUUCUCCUGAACCCUCCAGAGGAGGCUCUGCCAGAUUAUCUGUUGCAGAUACUUUACUCCUGUGAUGAGCCCGCAGCUGUACAACUGGAUUGUAUUGUUUCUUUUGAUACUGGCACCGUUUCCACAUUCCUGCUGAGGAAUUGGAGCUGUGUCCCCGGAGAGCCUGCGACGAAGACGAUGAGGCUGAACCUGCCGGACUGGUUGGUGUAUCGAGCGGAUGGAGUUGUUCCAGAUUCCCAGUGGGUUCUGAGCUGCAUCCUUCGAGCCUCAGUCAGGAGUAUAGGACUGAGUGAUUCUGAGAGGUCUAUCAGAGCUCAGGAUGUGGCGUCUGUGCAGCCUAAGCCCUUCUUUAGUCGACCAUGUAAACGCCACAAGCUCUGUUUCACCUGGUGCAAACAAAUGAUGCAACUGACUCCAAAGUUUUUACAGAGGCAGUGUCCCUUUGAGCAAGAAACCGUUCACUUCCUGUCCUCCAUUUUUGCCUCAACCGGAGAAACCUUUGGAGUCACAAAGACGCUGGAGUCCUACACCAAUGAAUUUCUGGAGUACAUUCGCCUGAAGAACACCUUGUUUCCAUGGUGUAUGAUUUCCUUCUGGAUUUUUCUGACAAGUCACUGCAAGCAAAACCUGUGCGGCCUGUUUUACCAUAUUGAUUCCCAAAACAGUUAUGUCACACCAACAGUUUUACUCAAACAUACAGGCCAUCUGCACAUCCAGAUGAAUGGGGAAAAAGAGGAAUCAUCAGCGUUUCUCUCCUUGUUCACCGUGCCUUUAAAUCAGUGGUGCCAAAUCAGCUUGAUGUUGAAGGGAAGAAAAGUGACACUUUCCAUGGUGUGCCUCAUCAGAGAGGAAAGAACCUUUCAGGUAUCUGAACACACGUUUGGGCAUGCCAUCUUGUUUGAUGACACAGAGGGGUAUUUUGUCGUGGGUGGAGGAAAAUUUAUUCAGGGUGCAGAGGGCUAUUUUGGACCGGUUGUUUAUAAUCGUAACCGAAUAUCACCCCCAAAAAAGUCUGAGACGAUUCUCCCAGAUGUGAUGAAGCGUCUGAACCUGACUGGAUGGCUUCAGAGCUGUCAAGAAUUUCGUGAGGAGAUGGUGACCAAGAUUAAAGGGUUUUUAAUGAAGAAGAAAAAGCAGAGAAUAGAUUUAGAGACUUGUUUUGAUGUUUUCCAUCCAUGGAUGGUAAAUGAAGAACUUCCAUCAAACUCACAGUGUGAACCAUGGGAGGAAACCGCUCCUCACAGGAAAAAAGCUGUUGAUCUGGCCAUGCUUUUGGUCUUCAAAUAUGGAGAAAAAGUAAGCCUGGAAGCUGUCGGCGAAGCGCUGUACUCCUUAUCAGUUGAGAGGCUGAACAGAGCGAGCAGUACUGCAGCAGUCAGCAGAAUUUUGCCACUGCUGCUCCAAGCCGGCUGCUUGGGUGAUAACGGAGCUCUACACAUGUCAUCCGUGCUCUACAGUGCAGGACUGGGAGUCCAGAAGCAACCUGAAAAGGCCUGGCUGCUCGCUCUGCUGGCCGCCCAGAAAGAUGAUCGGCUGGCACUCAUGCAUCUUGGGUACAUGCAUCACCAGGGGCGGCACGGUCUGCCCAAGGACCCUGAUCUGGCCUAUGCCUAUUAUGCAAAUAUUGCAAAACAGAGCACUUUGGACCGCCAUAACCAUACACUAAAGCAGUCAUUUGUUGAGGCUGUUUAUUUAAACAAUGAAGACGCCCUGAAUCGCCAAACCAGAGAAGACCAUCACAUUUUUCAGUGGCUUAGACAUCAAGCUCAGAGAGGAGUAGCUGAUGCCGAGCAAACUAUCGCCCGCAUGCUGUUUUGGGGUCAGCAAGGACUGUCUCCAAACAUCCAGGAAGCGGUGAGGCAUUACAGAAGAGGAGCGGUGCAGCUGGAGGACCCGGUGUCAAUGUACGACUAUGGCAUUGUUCUUCUGCAGGGUCAUGGAGUUGACAAGGACAUUGAAAAAGGUGUCACUUUUCUGAAGAAAUCCAUGGACCAGGGUUUUGUUCCUGCAAUCAGUGCCUUAGCCUGGUACUACGAACAGUAUGAGCACGACUACAGGAAGGCGGUGGAGCUGUGGGAGAAGGCAGAUCUGCUCGGGUGUCCCGAUGCUGCUCUGAAUCUUGGUGUCUUUUACUCAUUGGGUCUGUUUCCAGGGAAACCUGCUAGUCAGUAUAUGGCGUAUACAUACUAUCUGAAGUCUGCAAACAGAGGACAGAUCAGAGGAGCAGUUCACUUGGCUGAAGUCUGGACCACCGGGAUACCCGGCCAUGUGACCAGACGCCCAUCAGAUGCAGUUUUAUGGGUUAAAUGGGCAGCGGAGCAAAAUGGAUAUUUGGGGAGAAUCUUGCGGAAAGCCCUAGAUUCCUAUCUUUUGAGUGACACGUUUGGAUCUCUUCUGUAUUACAUGAUAGCAGCUGAAUUAGGGUACGCACCAGCCCAGUUCAAUGUCGCAUACCUUUGUGAGCAAAACGCGGGACAUUUUCUGGAUCCUGCUUUUGUAGAACAUUGUAUGUGGACUUAUUACAACCUCACAAUCCAAAGUGAAAACUCUGACACAUAUGCCCUCAUUAGGAUGGGAGACCUGUUGUAUGACGGACAUGGCAGCAGGCGGAGAGACCUGUUCUCUUCAGCACAAAUGUACACACUGGCAGCUCUAAAGGGAAACCCACAGGGAUGGUACAGCCUUGGCCUGCUUGCCGAGGACGGGUACAGGCUGCCUCUUUCAGUACUUUCUAAACUCGGUCUGUCAGAGUUAUACAUGACAGACAACAGUUUACUUCAAACCACUUUGUAUGAAAGGUGCAGAGACUCUGAUGUUGCAGAUUCAUACUUGCCUUGCAGCCUGGCCCUCGUCAAAGUGUUUUUACAGUCAUUCCAAAAGGAAUACGGUGAUUCUUUUAAGUUCUUGGCUGCUGUUGCUGUGGUCGCUGGUCCAACCGUACUUAUGAUGAUUGGAGCGCUCAGGAGACGCGUUUUGUCUCUGAGCUAAAACAAAUAGUAACCUUACAGUGUAUAAAAAAGCCUACUGUUUUAAAUAUAUGUAUUUUUUGUACAUGUUAAUAAAAAUCACUUGUUCUGA